UCAACGCGAAAAGCCCCGUGGAAAGACACGACGCGCUCACUGAUACGCUGCUGGUCCGGUCGGUGGGACUGGACUGAAAACUGGAACCCCUUCUUCUCCAUCCACGACUGCAAAAAAAACCAGCAGCGCUCUACCUCUCUCCCUCUCGCACACACAGACGCGCGUCCUGCAGAGCUCCCACUUGAAGAUGACUGCAAAAAACCGACAAAAGAGCAGCGAGAAGAGCGCUGCGUCCAGCCAAGAGGAUGCGUCGAAGAAAAGCCAAAAGUCUAGUAACACCACCACCACCAGCAGCAGCAGCAGUAACGGGGUGAGUGGCCCCGGAUCUCAGGGGCCGCGAUCGGGCAGCUGCCUCGGACUGCUCGCCACGACAGUGUUUUAUAUCGCGUUAAUAGGCGCUGCGGGGUUCGGCGCUUUCCACCUACAGCAAGUGGUGGAAGAGAUCCGCCAAACCAACGCAAAUCAUGAGGAGAGCGCACGGCACAACGCGGAGCUGAGGAGUAAAAUGGAGAGUGUCGUCCAACAGGUGGAGUCGCUGAGGAGCGUCGUGGACGGCCUGGAGUCAUCACUGGGGAUCACGCGGGUGGAGCUGGAGGGGGCCGUCAGCCGGAUGAAGAGGGGCGAGGUGGAGACGAGGAGGGUGGAGGAGGCCCUUCAGAGGCUCCAGAACGACCUGCUCAGGGACCUCUCGGAGGGCAUCAAGGAGGUGAAGGAGGCCCGGGAGAGGGACUUCUCCUCUCUGGAGAAGACCGUGGAGGAGCGCCUGGCUGAGGUGAGUCAGUCCGUCUCAGCCAGCGUCGCCGAGUUCACCGAAUCCCAGGGCGCGGCGCAGAGCCAGCUGGCUGACCUCAAAGCCCGCCUCGGUGACCUCGAGGACCCCUCGCUCAUCAAGCAGGAGCUGUCCGCCAUCGUCGGCGUCGUGGCUGAAAUCAAAGCGGCCAAAAAGGACGCGGACACCUCGGCCGAAUCCCUCGCGGAGCAGAUCGGCGCAGUGAGGGAAGAGCUCCAGACCCGCAACAGGGAAGUGGCGUCGCUGUCCGAGGAAAUCGAGACAGUGAGGUCGGUGAUGCAGGAGACCGCCGGGAGCCUGAAGACGUCGCUGUCUGCAGCAGAAUCCGAAGUUCAGGUCCUGAAGGACAAAACUAUGACACUGGAGAGCACCACGGAGCAGGUCGUGGACACUGUCCGUCGCGUGGAGACGCAGGUCCAUGCAGCAGAUGUUCAGACCCAGAAAAGAUCAGAGGAGCUUGAAGCCAGUGAAGCGUCAGAGGAGAGCGGGGAUUCACUGUCCGCAUCGGUGUCAGACAUCGCCUCCAAAGUGGAAUCGCUGUUCGCUAAAUACGACGCGCACGAGAGCAGCCUGGCCGCUCAGGGGCAAGCCGCGCAGAGAGCAGCGGCUGAUCUGCAGCAGGAGCUCGAGGCGGUGAAGAGCAGCGUGGAGGAGGUCCAGUCCAACAUGGCCGCCGUGGGUGGAGCCCAGUCCAAGUUGAAGUCCGGCCUGGCACAGCAGGUGGAGGACUUGGCGACGAGGCUCGCUGCUUUGGAGGAGAGCAGCAGCCGGAUGAAGCCCGAGCAGCUGGAGAGCUUGAGGGCCAUGGUGGACGGAUUAGAGAGCAAAGCGGCCAAGCUGGAGGGCCACGACCAGGCCAUUUCUGCCCUCCAGGAAUCUCUGCAGAAAACCACACAGACGCUCGGAGUCUUAUUCGAAGGCAAGAAGGAGGGAGAGUAAUCAUCUUUAGUUUGCAAUGUCACAUCAGGACACACACACAAAAAAAACAAAAAAACAAGCAUCGAGCAACGGGGACAAUGAUGGAUCCAAACGGGUGACCGGAUCAAUCUUCUCCUCUGUUCAUGAAGAGUUACUGCUCAAACUUGAUGACUGGUGUUGCACAUUUUAGUAACCAAAAAACAAACAAACAAAAAAAAAAUCUGGACUGCUGAUCUGUGAAUUCAAGUCCACAAUCAUUCUGCACUGUACUUAGAGUUGUUUUUUGUUACUGGUUUGUCAGACAGAACCUUUUCUGAUGCUGUUUUUUACUGAAAUGCAAUAAUAGGCUCUUAUUGAGCGCUCGUUUUCGUUUAGUCUCAAUAUGUUUUUUGUUUUUUUUAAUUUUGAAUUUUUUUUUAACAAGAAUAAAAAAUCUUGUUGAACCGAAACCAAAUUGACUUCUUGGGGUGUGAGCUUUAAAACUGAUCCCUCGCUGUGGUUUAGCUGCCUGUACGUUUAUGUAAUGGGAUGAUUCAUUGAUAGAGAGAGUGAAUAAAAAUGGUAUUUGCUUUGAUACCAAA